AUGAGGUGGCGACAUUUGAUCCCAUGGCUGUCCCCGAUGUCUGUAUGUAAAACGCUUCUUUGAAUGUGAAAUAGUUAUGAGAUAAGAUUAGAUCCAAUAAGGUUAUUUAUAAUUCGGUGGGAGGAGUCCCCAAGUAUGACGUACUCAGUGCUUCACAGAGAUGCCUUCUUCAGGAGGGAUAACAGUAUAGAGGCUAGAGACGUCCAUUUGGACUAGUAAACAGUUGGGUGGUAUCAUCAAAGCAGUCAGAAAAGUAAGUAAGUUGGAAGUAUCCCUCCCCAGCAAAACACAAUGUUUAAAACAUCCAAUGUUGACACAAUUCCAAUAUCAAACAACAGGGGCCAGUUUGAUGGCUCAUUUUCAUGUGUGGAAAAGUGGCAAAAUGUCUGAGAAUGAACAUAGGCCUUAAUAAGAGUAACAGAAGGAAACAUCAUUUUCCAAGGAACCCUUCAAUCACUCAUUCAAUGACAGGGCAUAUGAAUAAUCUACCUAUCAUUGGUUGUAGCAGUAAAAAGUAAACAAUAUCAAAGGUCAAUUAUAAUUUUAAUAGUGAUUAUUUGCUGUAGACAAGCAAUAAGGUGGAAGAGGUUAGACUACAAACUAUUGGAGUAUAGAAAAGUUUACUUUGAAUGGGAAAAAUACUGUCGAAUACAGCAGGAUUGUAUCAAAUUAGCUCUUUUCGGGUUCUGAUUAAUGUAAUCCUUUAGUAAAGCAGCCUGUUGCAAAUCCCAUUGAAACAUUUUAAUUAGCAUGCAAGGAUGACAGUAAUCCUGUCUGAUCUCUAUAGAAAGACAGAGUUAACGUUUGCUAAACAGUGACGAUGGCUCUUCUUACUCCACUGCCUGGCAGCGUUCGGCAUGGACUUGCCAGAAUUAGUGGAUCUCUCUUCAUUCAAAAUAAAACCAGAGACUGUGGGGAAGAACAUGCAUAUCAAACAGGCCAUGUCCUACUGUCAAGCCUUCCACUACAGAUGAUGCUAUAUUUCAAUGCUUUCUUUUUUCUUUUUUGGAUUUUAUCAGAGAUCAUCACUUUGGAACUCAAGUUUGGUCACCUGUCUGGUUACUAUCAAAUUCUUCUGACUACAUCUGUGGUGAUUCUUACAAUGGUAGAAAGUUUGAGAUUAUAUAUUGGAUAUGUUGGAAAUUUACAGGAAAAGGUUCCAGAACUGGCUGGAUUUUUGAUCCUGACCCUUUUAAUACAGUUGCCUCUAAUCUUAUUCCUUCUAACUGAUAACAGAAAUGUACUUUUGCCUUUGGAAUUUGCAGUCCAUAUGAUUUAUCUGCUUUUUAUUAAUGCAGAGAUAGGCGUUUCCUUCCUGGUUCUAAAAACCAUGACAAGACAGUUUGCUCUUGAAUAUUACUUACAACAAUCUGAAGUUCUGGUCAGUAAACAUGUGCCAGUUAAUGGAACACUUCUAGGGCUCCAGAACACUACCACCAGCAUAGCAGAACAAUGUGAGAAUGAUGCAUUAAUGUACUGAGGUAUAGCCCAACUACUACUUUGGUUUGAAACCAGCAGGCUUCAAGGUUGAACUUCCCAUAUUGGUCAAUUACAGAGUGGUUUGCACCUGAAAAGACUAUGAAUGCAAAAUAUAGAAAAGCAGAUCCAGUAC